AUGGCGGACUACGCGCCUCCUUCGAUCCCUCCACCGCCCAAGGUCCCCGAAGGCUGGAAAGCAGUCUGGAACUCCCAGUACAACGAGUACUUCUAUGUCAACAUUUACACCAAGCAAUCCCAAUGGGAGCGGCCAGAAUCGCCCGUCUAUCCCCCCGGUGAAUCAGAUCACCGCACAUCGUCCGAUGUCCCACCAAUGUACAACCACGGCGACUCAAGACCCGUCACCGCCGAGAAAACAGGCCUGAGCUCCAGCAACCCGUACGGCUCCGGCGCUGGAGGGUACAGCCAAAACAACACAGAAUCCGAUGAGGCGUAUGCGCGCAGGCUGCAAGCCGAGGAAGAAUCACGCGCUCAUGGCAGACCCGUCAGCCAUGGUUCGGACGGCUACAACCAGCAAGGCGGCAGUGUACCAGCCCAGCAGAAAUACGGUUCAAUGUUGGAUCCCGGCGCAGAUGGGUCGAAAAGGAAGUCGUCCUCGAGCGGCCUGUUUGGCAAGAUCAAGGACAAGCUGAACACCGUUGCUGCUCAGCAGGGUCAGCAUAGCCAACAUGGUUACCCGCAACAGCAUGGAUAUCCGCAACCACAUGGCUACCCGCAGCAGAGCUAUGGCCAGGCUGGGUAUGGUGGCUACCCACAGCAGGGCUACGGCCAUAGCAGCGGCGGUGCUAUGGGUGGUAUGGGUGGUCUCGGUGCUCUUGCCAGUCUUGCUGGUCGCGGUGGCCAUGGUGGCCAUGGCGGUAUGGGCGGUAUGGGCGGGUUUGGUGGAAGCCACGGUGGUAUGGGUGGUAUGGGCGGUAUGCACGGCUAUCCAGGUGGGAGGAAACCGGGCAUGGGUGUUGGUGGUGCCGCCGCACUCGGUCUUGGUGGUGGCCUUCUGGGUGGCGCGAUGUUGGCGAAUGCAAUGGAUGAUGAUUAUGCGGAAGGGUACCAGGAGGGCAUGGAAGAUGCCGGCGGCGAUUUUGGCGGCGGUGACGACUUUGGCGGAGGGGACUUCGGCGGCGAAUAA